UUUUAACUUCUUUGCAAGGAAUUGCGAGUUGUGUGUAUUGUUGCGCAUGAGAUUACAAAGCGCCGCUGCAUAUAUUUCGCAGCUAUGCAAGACACUUUCCAUCGACUUUCCACCCUGUAUAUAGUAAUAUCCGCUGCUCUGGCUAUGGCAGUGGUUGCCACGCACUCACCCACCACAUCCUACCGUCUCAUGCCCCUGCUGACUUGUUAUGAGGUAAAUUCAAUUUCACAGUAGAUGCCGCACAACAACCGUGAUAUUAUUUGAGUUUUUCCCACCAUCAGGCUCAAGUUUGCUGACCUAAGGAGGAAGAAUAGGAGCUGGGUUGUCAGGGUUUUGAGUUUUUGGGCCAGAAGCAAAGCGGAUCAAUUGGUGGAUUGACUAUGGUUGUGAGUUGAAGUUGUAUCAUGUUGAUGAGGAGGGUCUGACUUAGGAGGGAAGUUAUGGAGGAUUCGUUCGCCUCGUUCGCUGACUUGUUGGAGGAUGGCACCAAUGAGGUAUUGUUUUCAUUGUUUGCGGCGGAAGGGCUGAGUGAAGGAAUGGUUGAGGGAACUGACGGGUUUCAGGAACUCGAUGACUAUGGACGUUUGUACGAAUACAACAAGUUUGCAGAUGCUUCGAUAUGGGAUGGCGUAUUUGAUAACAGACAAGAAACUCCGUCAUCGGUAGCUAGCCAGACGCAGGAUGCAGAGGUUGUAGAUGUAAGCAGCAGCAACGAGUUGCAAAAUAUCUUACCAGAUGAUUUAGCAGAGGCUUCAUCCCAGUUCCGGACUAGUUUCCAGAGUGCGGCGUCCCCACAGAUAGCCCCUCCUGAUCCAGAGUUGCAAGCUGAGAUGCUCGAACUCCUAAGCAUUUUCCAAGUCGUGUACGAGAAUAAGUCUGCUAUUGACACACCCAGUUUGCUAAAGAAAUGUAUACACAUGUGCGAACGAAUCACGGAUCGAUUUUACCAGCUUCCUCAGGUUGUGGCCAUGCACGAGCAAGCUAAAAUUCUGUUGCAGAUGUUCGAAAACGAAGAAGCAGGAAGUUCUCUCACCCGUUCAAAUCCAUCCUCUAACUCAGCAACCGGUAACAGCACUUUGUCUGGGCGGUCGCAUCGGCAAAAACUUAUGGCAGAUGUGAAGGAGGCUCUAGAUAGGGUUGAUUGUGAUGCAAAUGAAAGAAGGCUUUUCAAGGACCCUGACGAAGGUAGAGAAGUGAACGGUGUCUACAUCUGCAAGGGUAUCUGGUACUGCAAGAUGCACAUUGAGCAAGAACAGUGCAGACAAUGUGGGGUCGACUAUCGUUUGCUUAACCAGGUUCAUCGUUCACGGACUGAGGAAGCGCAAAUGGACGACAUUCUUCGGAAGGAGCAGCAGCGACUGGAGGAGCUUGAGCAUCGGCGCGUUCUCCUUUCACGCCCUGAUUCCGUCAUCCAAGGAGGAUUAACCGAUGUCCACAUUCACCAAGACGCUGAAGAUUUUCAGUCAAUAGGAAGAGACCUGAACGAGGAGUUGGCGCGAGCAAGGGAGAAGGAUAAAGCCAUCUCAUUGAGGUUUUCCCCUCUAUUUCAGAUUUUUGAGGAGAGAAGACUUGUGCUUUAGAAUGCUACGUGGUAGAUCAAUGCCUUCUUUAUCUUGAGGGUUUGAAAAAUGUGCUACAGAUACUGGGCUGUGUCUGUCAAAUAAUUGCACAUGUAGCUUUUAAGUACUAAAAUUCGUGUCCAUGUAUGUACAGAAGAUUUACUUUACAGUAGAUAGACAGGUUUAUGAAAGACCCAGUAAGCGCUGGGACUAGACACUUCAUAAUCAAAAAAAAUCUAGCUGAUAUAAACUGCAUAUACAAGUUUUGAUUUUAAUAUUAAUCACUUCUAUAUUAUCCGCUCA